AGCAGUGCCACCCGCAAGUUCUGCCCAGCAGUGCGCCCACUAGCUCCGCCCACCCGUGCCCAGCAGUGCACCCACCUGUGCCCAGCAGUGCACCCACCUGUGCCCAGCAGUGCACCCACCUGUGCCACUCUGCAGUGCCACCUACCUGUGCCCAGAAGUGCCACCUACAUGUGCCCAGCAGUGCCACCCACCUGUGCCCACCCACCUGUGCCCACCAGUGCCACCCACCUGUGCCCACCCACCAGUGCUGCCCACCAGUGCCACCCACCAGUGCAGCCCAACAGUGCUGCCAGUCAGUGCCACCAGUCAGUGCCCAGGGGUUGUGCCAGUCAGUGCCGCCAUCAGUGCCACCAGUCAGUGCCCAGCAGUGAUGCCAGUCAGUGCCGUCUAUCAGUACCCAUCAUCAGUGUCACCUAUCAGUGCCGCCUAUCAGUGCUGCAUAUUAGUGCCGCCUAUCCGUGACCCCUAAUUAGUGCUGUCUAUCAGUGCCGCCUAUCCGUGCCACCUCAUUAGUGCUGCCUAUCAGUGCCCUUUAUUGCUGCCUAUCAGUGCCAAUCAGUGCCGCCUAUCAGUGCCCAUCAGUGCUGCCUCAUCAACGCACAUCAGUGAAGGAGAAAAAAUACCUGUUUGA